AUACAGUGCGGUGUGGAUCUCAACAGAGGGGACAAGUAUUUCAAUCGCACUGCCCUCCAUUGGGCUGCUGUCACGGAUGAUAGAUGCGUGGUGAAUAUGUUAUUGGAAACUGAUGUUAAUCCUAACCUGAUUGAUUUUUCUGGGCAAACACCACUCCAUCACGCUGCAAAAAAUGGGCACGAGGAAGUCGCCCGCCGUCUUCUUGAAGUGACCGAUGCCUCAAUCAUCGACUCAAAAGGCCGGACAGCGCUGAAAUGUGCAAGAGACAAUGAUCAUGUCAGCACAGCGAGGCUCCUUUUAUCCUCAUGGAGUGGCAGUGAUGUUUGCACGGAUAGCCAAGGCAAGACAUUAGAAGAUUGGAUGAAUUUAGUUGGGCAGUUGAAUGGGACGGAUCGGCUGUGGGGACGGUCUUCCAGUGAGCCUGCCCGGUUAGAGAGGAUUAGUGACUUGGAAUGAUUGCCUUGAAUCAAACUCGUGGAAUUUAAUGAUAGACAGUCGUUGAGAGCGUGGCUUUUUGUCUGACUACAGAGCAGUGUCU